GGCGGCGAGGCCAGGCGAGGCGGAGGACCGUGUGCGGCGGGGCCGGUGGCGGGUAGAGGUGUGAGGGCAGCGAGGGACCUGAGGAGUAGUCGGGCCGGUUGGCCGCCGCCGCCGCCAUGCAGGAAAUCAUCGCCAGCGUGGACCACAUCAAGUUCGACUUGGAGAUCGCAGUGGAGCAGCAGCUCGGGGCACAGCCGCUGCCCUUCCCCGGCAUGGACAAGUCAGGGGCUGCUGUCUGUGAAUUCUUUUUGAAAGCUGCCUGUGGCAAAGGGGGCAUGUGUCCCUUCCGCCACAUCAGCGGUGAGAAGACCGUCGUGUGCAAACACUGGCUGCGGGGACUGUGCAAGAAGGGGGACCAGUGUGAGUUCCUGCACGAGUACGACAUGACCAAGAUGCCUGAGUGCUACUUCUACUCCAAGUUUGGGGAGUGCAGCAACAAGGAGUGCCCCUUCCUGCACAUCGACCCCGAGUCCAAGAUCAAGGACUGCCCUUGGUACGACCGUGGCUUCUGCAAGCAUGCCCUCGAUUUGAACUGCCAAUGGGAACCACCGAGCAGCCCCCACUGCCACAGCAGACACAGCCUCCGACAAAGCAGAGAGCCCCGCAGGUCAUCGGGGUCAUGCAGAGUCAAAACAGCAGCGCAGGCAACCGGGGACCCCGGCCACUGGAGCAGGUCACCUGUUACAAGUGUGGCGAGAAAGGACACUACGCCAACAGAUGCACCAAAGGGCACUUGGCCUUUCUCAGUGGACAGUGACAGCAGCUGGAGCCAGCUCAGAGCAGCCCAGAGGGCCCCGCUGUUGGGAACCACUCUGGGCCCUUGCUGGGAGCGUGCAUUGAACUGUUUAACGCCAGUGUUGGUGCAGCGCUGGCUGGGGCUGGCAGACAGGCACGCUGGGGUUAUCGUUCUGAGGGGCUACGUCUGUCAGUUUCCUUAUCACUUUGCUGUAAUCUUUUUUUAAAAGGGGACAAGUGCUCUAGUUUGGUCCUUCCAAGUCGGCAUCAUGUUUAUCUAGUAUCCGUACCUCCUGUCCGAUCUCCCUGCACACCGCCCUUGGGGGAAGGGAGGAGGUUGUGGCAAAGGGCUUGUGCUAAGCAGUCGGUGUGGAAGGUAGCCCUUCCCCUCGAGGCCUCAUCAUUAAACACCAGUUCUUGGUGACCCCGGAGGCUGGUGGAUCAUUUAAAGCUUCGACCAGGUCAUGCCUGCUUCUUCCAUGUCCUGCUGAAUUCAGAAGCUGUGCCUGUGGAUGUGAUUUGAACGGGGCAGCCCUUCAGGGCAAACUUAAAUGCACUUGUUGCCUCAGCCUGGUCCUGCUCCAAGGUGGCAGUGGAGGAGAGGAAGAGCGCAGGGCUCUCGGGGGUGAGGGUCUUUUUCCUCUGGGCUGAUUUUCUUGGAGCACCUACUUGACUGUGGGAUAUCUCAAAGUGUACCUUCAGCUGGAGCUGCAGAGCACCCAUUAAAUCGAGGCCACGGUCCAUCUGUGCACCUACCUCCUGGCCCACCGAGCAUCUGCACAGUCACUCAGCUUUGGUCUCUGGAGACCCCCCUGCCCCUGAACCUGGAAAUGUGAAACUGUCACCUGCAACCCACUGGGCAACUGGGCCCAUUCAAGUUCCAUCACAAGAAGACUUUUUAUGAGGUUGAUUAAAAGCUUAUUUUUUAA